AUGUCUCCUUCAUUGGAAACUAGUGAUGUUGAACUUGAAGCCAAGCUCCAUAAACAAGGAGGAACGAAUCAAGUUCAAGAUGUUGAAGAUGGCAUUCUUUUUGCCAUGAACACUAUGACUUCAAUCGUGUUUCCAAUGGCGGUUAGAACUGCGGUUGAGCUAGGAAUCUUUGACAUCAUGGCCAAAGCUGGUGAGGGUGUGAAGCUCUCAGCAGAAGAGAUUGCAAUCCAACUUGGGCCAAAGAACCCAGAAGCACCCACAAUGUUGGAUCGUCUUCUAAGGUUGUUGGCAAGCAACUCCAUGAUAUCUUGUUCUCUUGCUGAUGAUGAUGAUCAACAUGGCCUUGUGUCUCCCAAGAGGCUCUAUAGUCUCACCAAUGCGUCCAAGUUUUUUAUCACUGAUGCUGAUGGUGUGUCAUUUGGAGCCACAUUGAACUUGCUUCUCGACAAUGUCUUCUUGGGAAGCUGGACGGAACUAAAAGGAGCCAUCUUGGAAGGGGGUAUACCAUUCAACAGGGUCUAUGGCAUGGAUGCAUUUGAGUAUCCAGCUAAGGAUCCCAGGUUCAAUGAUGUUUUCAACAAAGCGAUGUUCAACUUUACUACUAUAGUCAUGAAGAGGGUUCUUGAGUUCUACGAAGGUUUUGAGAACAUUAAUAGGCUAGUGGAUGUUGGUGGUGGUCUUGGGAUCAAUCUCAAGCUCAUCACUUCCAAAUAUCCUCAUGUUCAGGGCACUAAUUUUGACUUGCCUCAUGUCAUAGAAAAUGCCCCUGCCUAUCCCGGCGUAGAACAUGUGGGUGGGGACAUGUUUGAGAGUGUUCCUAAUGGAGAUGCCAUUUUUAUGAAGUGGAUACUCCACGAUUGGAGUGAUGAACACUGCUUGCAGUUGUUGAAGAAUUGCCAUAAAGCUAUUCCUAAUGAUGGAAAAGUGAUUGUCGUGGACUCAAUUCUUCCCGUUUUGCCUGAGGGUACACCUGUUGCAAAGAAUGGUUUUCAAGCUGAUCUAUUAAUGAUGACUCAAAACCCAGGAGGAAAAGAGCGAACCCAAAAUGAAUUCAUGGAAUUGGCACUAGGAUCUGGAUUCAGUGGCAUCAAAUUCGUGUGUUGUGUCUCUGGCUCCUGGGUUAUGGAGUUUUACAAAUAG